AUGCCGUUCAUGAAAGGAAGAGCACCGAUUCGACGUACAUUAAACUAUCUUAAUGCAGGGAAACUAAUAUUUAAGGACAAAAUAAAGAUAUUCUCAGUGGCUUAUAACAUCCACGGACAGAACAAUUCGGGCGCUAAAGACUUUGUUUUCUGGUAUCUUCCCCAAAUUCAGUAUAAAAAUCCUGACGUGCAAGUGGCUACAUUAAAAAAUUUAACACCUUCUCCAUUCAUAAAAUGUUACUUCGAGGACGGAAGACAAAUUUUAGUUGACGUAGAUAAUAAGUCCAAAGAAGAUAUUUUGGAACAUUUGUUAAACACAGUUGGAAAGUCCAAAGAGGUUCUUGAAGCUGAGGCUAUUGCUGCAGAGAAAAAGGAUAAUCCUGCGAACUUUGGUGCUGGUUGUGAAAGACCAUGCAUAUGUGAAGUGUAUGGUCAAAUACCAUGUCCUGGUGUAGUUCCCUUACCCAAAAUUAUGCGUGGAAAAUACAAAAACCAAACUGAU